AUGAAGAUCACAAGUACUCUAUUGAGUUCUGCGUCUAAAACGCUUGAUAAAUACGCACUUUUCGUACCCAAAUCGGGUGUCUUUCCAAAAGGUUACGAGGUCGCAUCAUUGGCUUCUGGAGUUAAGAAAAAUGGUGCUUUGGAUUUAGGUGUUAUCCGCAACGUUAACAAAUCUCGCAAAUCGUCUGCAGCUGCUGUUUUCACCACUAACCGCUUUAAGGCUGCACCUGUACAAUUUUCUAGAAAAGUUCUUGAUAUAAGCUCUGGAGAAGGAGUUGACGCUAUUGUUGUUAACUCAGGAUGUGCUAAUGCCGUGACUGGCGAGUUAGGUAUGCAGGAUGCAGAAAAUGUAGCGUCACAAGUUAACAAGUACGUUGGUGAGCAAAAUAGCACACUGCUAAUGUCUACUGGUGUCAUUGGUCAAAGACUCCAAAUGGACAAAAUCUCCACAGGUAUUGAUAAACUUUUCAUCGAAAACAAGUUUUCGUCCGACUUCGGGUCGUGGCUAAAUCUCGCCAAAUCGAUCUGUACCACUGACACUUUCCCUAAGUUGAUUUCAUCUAAAUUCUCUCUCUCGGACGGAACCGAGUAUACGCUUGUGGGUAUUUCUAAGGGGGCCGGGAUGAUCUGCCCGAACAUGGCUACUCUUCUUGGCUUUGUUUUGACGGAUCUACCCAUUAAUUCUAGUGCUCUACAAAGUAUGCUCACUGGUGCUGUGACCCGUUCUUUCAACUGUAUUUCUGUUGACGGCGAUAUGAGUACCAACGAUACCAUUUGUAUGCUGGCCAAUGGUGCUAUCGAUACCCCUGUCAUCGAUGAAUCAUCUCCUGAUUUCCAGAAGGUUAGCUCCCAGGUCACUGAAUUCGCUAAAAACUUAGCUCAACUAGUUGUCCGGGACGGUGAGGGCGCUACGAAAUUCGUUACCGUCAACGUCAAAAAUAGUGCCGAGUUCAAAGACGCAAGACUCAUCGCAGAGUCAAUUUCAAACAGUAUGUUGGUAAAAAGCGCUCUUUAUGGCCAAGAUGCCAAUUGGGGCCGCAUUUUGUGCGCAAUCGGCUAUUCUAAACUAGAAAACUGUAAGUCUCUCGACGAAUCCAAGAUAAACGUCAGUUUCAUUGCCACCGAUGGUUCUUCUCCUCAGGAGCUCAAGCUUAUCGCCAAUGGCGUUCCUCAACUCGAUAUAGACGAAUCAAGAGCCUCGGAAAUUUUGGCCCUAUCCGACCUUGAAGUGCUAGUUGACCUAGGUACCGGCACUGAGGAGUGCCAGUUUUGGACCUGUGAUCUCAGUCAUGAGUAUGUUACUAUCAAUGGUGACUAUCGUUCCUGA